AAAUACCCAGUAAUCCUCUCUGCAAAUCAUUUUCCCCUCAUAAAAACACAACACAUCAUCACCAGCUGCGAAAAAUGAAGUUUGGGAAGCAAUUUACGGCUCAGAUGGUCCCGGAGUGGCGAGAAGCGUACAUGGACUACGAUUUUCUCAAGUCCCUUCUGAAGCAAAUCGAUAGCUUCAACCGAACCCACGCCCGGAACCACCCCUCCACCCAUUCCGGCCAACUCCGACGGACCCUCACUCUCUACAGAGCCUUCAGCGGCCUCACGCUCCGCCACAGCCACAGCCAUGGUCACGCCCACAGCCACGUCCACUCCCACGCCCAAAACAGCAACCCCACAAGUCCAGCUUCACCGCAAGAUGUGGAAGAACAAGCGAUUCUAGUGAACACAGUGAACCGAGACGGGACAAGAAAGUACAAGACGACGUUUCUAAUGGCGGACGAGGAAGGGGGAGAGUACGAACUUGUAUACUUUAGAUCGUUGGAUCGAGAGUUCAAUAAAGUAGACAAAUUCUACAAGUCAAAAGUGGAGGAGGUUGUGAAGGAGGCCACCCUCUUGAACAAGCAAAUGGAUGCUUUGAUUGCUUUCCGAAUCAAAGUGGAGAAUCCUCACGGCGUUUGGGAUUUCUCCGGCGACCGCUCCGAGGAGAUCACAAGGUUGGCCACCGACAUUGCUGUUUCAACUGCUGCCUUGUCUUCUUCCACCCCAUCUGGGGUCCGGGCCAGCAGAAGGGUUCACAUCGCCAUGGAUUCCAUAGAAGAAGGUGAAGGUGGAUCCAGCCACAAUGGUCCACUACAUUCUGAAUCAUUAAGUAAAGAUGGUGAGAAGAAUAAGGAAAACAAUAAUAAUAAAGGGAAGGUUGAAGAAGAAGAAAAAGAUAAGGCAAUGGCAACGAAGAUGAAGGCCAAUAGGCCACCUCCACUUGAACUUCUGGAUCAUGUGAAAAUGAACACAACUCUAGAGACCCCUCGCUCCACCAUUAAAGGCCUUCUUAAUUUCCCCAAGAACUCUGAACUUCAAUUCAACAAAGAAAAUCUCAACAGAAUCGAGAACCAGCUCAAGAAGGCUUUCGUAGUCUUUUACCACAAGCUUCGCCUACUCAAGAGCUACAGCUUCCUGAAUACUUUGGCAUUUUCGAAGAUAAUGAAGAAAUAUGAUAAGAUUACUUCAAGAAAUGCAGGAAAGUCAUACAUGAAGAUGGUGGACAGUUCUUAUCUUGGAAGUUCUGAUGAGGUUUCCAAGUUAAUGGAGAGGGUUGAAGCUGCAUUUAUCAAACACUUCUGCAACGCUAAUCGCACCAAAGGAAUGAACAUCUUGAGACCCAAAGCUAAGAAAGAAAGACACAGAACUACAUUUUCAGUCGGUUUCUUUGCUGGCUGCACCAUUGCUCUUGUAGUGGCCCUCAUUUUUAUUACACGAGCCCGACAUAUACUUGACAAAGAAGGCGGUACUCAGUACAUGGAAACCAUGUUUCCCCUUUACAGCUUGUUUGGAUUCGUGGUCUUGCACUUGCUAAUGUAUGCAGCAAAUAUAUACUUUUGGAGGCGAUACCAAGUCAAUUAUUCCUUCAUAUUUGGCUUCAAGCAAGGAACUGAGUUGUCCUACCGUGAUGUUCUGCUUCCCAGUUUUGCUGUGGCAGCUCUUGCUUUAGCCUGUGUUCUUUCGAACCUCGACAUGGAGAUGGACCCUGAAACGAAGCCAUAUCAAGCAGUGACUGAACUUCUCCCUCUGGUUUUGCUCCUUCUUGUGAUUGCAGUCUUCUUAUGUCCAUUCAACAUCUUAUAUCGCUCGAGUCGCUUCUUCUGCAUGAGAACUCUAUAUCAUUGUAUCUGUGCUCCCCUCUUCAUGGUCAUCUUCCCGGAUUUCUUCUUGGCAGAUCAGUUAACCAGCCAGGUGCAAGCACUUCGAAGCCUCGAAUUCUACAUUUGCUACUACGGUUGGGGAGAUUACAAGCAUCGACGAAACACUUGUAGAACAAACACUGUAUUCAACACUUUCAGUUUCAUCAUUGCUGUUAUUCCAUACUGGUCACGUCUCCUUCAGUGUCUUAGGCGACUGUACGAGGAAAAAGACGCGAUGCAGGGAUAUAAUGGUGUGAAGUACUUCUUGACAAUAGUAGCAGUUUGCUUGAGGACAGCUUACAGUCUGAAUAAGGGAAUAAGCUGGAAAAUCGUAGCUGCAGUUUUCUCGGCUGUGGCUGCCAUCAUCAGCACAUAUUGGGACAUUGCCAUCGACUGGGGCCUCCUGCAACGGCAUUCGAAGAAUCGCUGGUUGCGAGAUAAGCUUCUAGUCGGUCACAAUAGUGUUUACUAUGCGGCAAUGGUCUUGAAUGUUUUGCUGAGGUUUGCUUGGCUGCAAACUGUGUUGGAUUUCCAGUUCUCCUUCCUGCACACACAAGGCUUGAUUACAAUAGUUGCCAGCCUCGAGAUCAUUCGUCGUGGCAUAUGGAAUUUCUUCAGGUUGGAGAAUGAGCAUCUGAACAAUGUUGGAAAGUACCGAGCAUUUAAAUCUGUACCGCUGCCUUUCAACUAUGAUGAAGAUGAUGACAAAGAUGACUGAAGUUCAACAUACAUUAGUUCAAUUGUUUCUAAACAUUAACAAACAUUUUUUACGGUAUAUAUAUAUAUAUUUUUUGUAUAAUUGGGAGUCGGAGCUUUGCUCUCCUAUACCCAAGAGCAUCUGUAAGGCCCAGACCCAAGAUACAUCAAAGGUUUUUGGUAUUAAGCUUACCAAAAGGUUCGAACUUGAGACCUCUAGGCCAUGGUAUAUAUAAAGUAACACAUCGUUCCAAUAUCCUUAUUCUAAUUUCCUCAUAAUUCCAAUUCCAAUGGAAUAAUACCAGGCUUUCACACAUGGCACUUACCCAUAUACACACAAGAAUGGCUCAAAGAAUUCAGUUCAACAGUGUAAUUUUAUCUCAUAAACCAUUUCAAAAGCAUCAUAAAAGAUGGCAGAGGAUGUAA